AUGGACAUAGGCAAGAGCGCGCGCCAUCAUACCGGCCGACGCACGGUUGCGCCGAGUCGACUUGGUCGCGGAAAGGCUCCCUGCCUAACGCUUCACUUCGCUCCAGCAUUCCUCUUCUCUCGCUUCAUCUCGCUCACCUGCACCCACCGUGCUCCCUUCACCUACCCAGAUUCACCUCCCGCCGUCACUGUGUGGUUGUCUCGCCUUUCCUCUCGCCUGCUGCGAUCACCGCAGGCCCGCUCAUUUGCCUCUGCAAGAGCUCGCGGUCCUGCUCCAGACAAAGGCCAAUACAUCUUCACUACCUUCCAUUACUCGCGGCCCCAGCGCACGCGCCUCGCAGUGAAGAUGUCUUCGUCUGAUGAUGAUCAACCGCUCGCAAAGGCAAACAACCAGGCGAAAUCAAACGAGCGCAUCAGUAAAGAAGAAGAUCGCAAGAUGGACGCCGAGAUUCCAUCGAAUCCUGACGUCGAGCCGGGCAUUUCCAUCCGCAUGGGCCCAGUCGACGACAUGGAUGUCGAUGCGCCAGCGACCAACGGCCAUGGCAACAUGAAUGGCAAGCGCAAGGCACGCACUAGCGUCACCAAUGGACAGUCGUACAAGGACGCCAGCACUUCUGAGGAUGACGAUAAGCCACUGAGCAAGCGGCGGCGGACCACACCCAAAGCCAACGGCCGCAAAGAUGGCUCAGACUCGGAACUUAGCGAUGCUCCCCUCAAAGCACGCGCCCUCCCAAAGGCGAGCGCUGCGCAAAUUGGCGAAUCGUCUGACUCAGAUGUGCCCUUGACCACCAAACUCACCAAGAAGAAGGUGGAGAUCGAGAAGGCUGCAGAUAGGGACGCCAAGACGAUGCGUGCAAAAGACAAGGCAGCACCCAAGCGGAAGACCAAGGUCGAAAGCGAUAGCGAUGACGAUGUUCCACUUGCAAAGAAGAAGGCACCCGCUAAGAAAGUAGCGGUUAAAAAGGCGAAUGGUGUCAAGAAGGAGGAGUCCGACUCUGAUGCGCCCCUAGCCAAAAAGCCAUCUGCAAAGAAGGCCAAGACGGCUGCGGCGACACCUGUUAAGAAAGCUGCCGCCAAAGGCAAGGCGAAGAAAGAGGAGACUGAGCAGGAUGAGGAAGCUGAGAACGAUGAGGACGAAUACCGCUGGUGGGAAGAUCCUGGCAAGAGCGACGGUACCAAGAAAUGGGAUACGCUCGAGCACAACGGAGUCGUGUUCCCGCCCGAGUACGAGCCAUUGCCCAAGCACGUCAAGUUUGUCUACGACGGAGUGCCACUCACUUUGCACAAAGACGCUGAAGAGGUUGCGACAUUUUACGGAAGCAUGUUGAACUCUACACACAACGUCGAGAACCCCACCUUUAACAAGAACUUUUUCGAGGAUUUCACCGCCAUCCUGAAUAAGACCGGACAUGGCAAGGACAAGGAUGGAAAGACCAUCAAGAUCACUAAGUUCGAGAAGUGCGACUUCAAGCCUAUCUUUGAAUGGUUUGACAGCGAGCGGGCCAAGAAAAAGGCUUUGCCAGCAGCAGAGAAGAAGGCUUUGAAGGCCGAGAAGGAUGCGGCAGAGGCACCCUACAUGUACUGUAUAUGGGAUGGCCGCAAGCAGAAGGUUGGCAACUUUCGCGUUGAACCUCCAGGUCUGUUCCGCGGUCGUGGUGAGCAUCCAAAGACGGGACGUGUGAAGAAGCGUGUUGCGCCAGAGCAAAUCACGAUCAACAUUGGCGAGAAUGCAAAGGUUCCCGAACCCCCUGCGGGCCACCGCUGGAAGGAGGUCAAGCACGACCACGAGGGUACAUGGCUCGCUAUGUGGCAAGAGAACAUCAAUGGCGCCUACAAAUAUGUCAUGCUUGCAGCCAACUCGGACGUCAAGGGCCAGAGUGAUUACAAGAAGUUUGAGAAGGCGCGCGAACUCAAGAAGCACAUUGACCGCAUUCGCAAGGAUUACCGGAAGGAUCUCAACUCGAAGAUGAUGGCAGAUCGUCAGCGUGCUACAGCCAUCUACCUGAUCGAUCAGUUUGCUCUUCGUGCCGGUAAUGAGAAGGGAGAGGACGAGGCUGACACGGUCGGUUGCUGUUCCCUCAAGUUCCAACACAUUACCCUCAAGCCUCCGGAGACGGUCAUUUUCGACUUUCUGGGUAAAGACAGUAUUCGGUUCUACGAUGAAGUCAAGGUGGACCCGCAAGUCUUCAAGAAUCUCAAGCUGUUCAAAAAAGAGCCCAAGACGACUGGCGACGACAUCUUCGACCGUCUGACCACUUCGGCCCUGAACAAGCAUUUGAACAGCUACAUGACCGGUCUUACGGCCAAGGUCUUCCGUACCUACAACGCUUCAUACACAAUGGCUCGGCUUCUCAAGGAGAUGAAGGCGACUGGUUCCAUCCAGGAACGAGUCAAGGCUUACAACGAUGCGAAUCGAGAAGUUGCUAUUCUAUGUAACCACAAGCGUACUGUUGCUGCGAGUCACGCCACGUCCAUUGAGAAGAUGAACGAGAAGAUUAACGGUCUUCGUUAUCAAGCUUGGCGGACCAAGAUGAUGAUGAUUGACGUUGACCCCAAGAUCAAGAAGAAGAAGGGCGCAGAGUACUUUGAGCGUCCCGCAGACCUCGACAGCGAGUGGGUCAAGCAGCACCAAGAAGCCGAGGUCGAGGAGCUCCGACAAAAAAUUACCAAGAAGUUUGAAAAGGACAAUGAGAAGCUCGCGGCCGACGGCGAAAAGCAGAUGAAGGCCAAGGAAUUGGAAGAGCGUCUGGUUAAAGUCAAGGAGCUGGCGGCCAAGUACAAGAAGGAGAACAAGACAGGCAAGGUCGAGGCCGAGGGCAAAGGUCCGACGGUCGAGAAACUCGAGGCCAAUGUGGAGAAGAUUAUGCAGCGUAUUGAGACGAUGAAGAUUCAGAUGGAGGACAAGGAAGGGAACAAGGAGGUUGCCCUGGGCACGUCCAAGAUUAACUACAUCGACCCCCGCCUCACCGUCGUCUUCUCCAAGAAAUUCAACGUGCCGAUUGAGAAGUUCUUCUCCAAGACGCUGCGUGAGAAGUUUGACUGGGCUAUCAAGUCUGUGGAUGAGGAUUGGGAGUUUUAG